CAAGGAGCCAUGGACAAGCUACAGCUUAAGAGAUGCCUGCUGCUGCUUCUGCUUCUUCUUCAGAUGCAAAACAUCUUCCUCAGUGCAGAGGUUUGCUCAAAUCAUAUGAUACUGCCAGGACCGAAAGGUAACAACAGUGAUGAAGGACAAAAGGGAGAUGAGGGAGAAGGAGGAAAGCAAGGAAAAGUGGGCCCUCCAGGGCCAAAAGGACUGGUUGGUGAACAAGGAAGCCUAGGAGAUAUUGGAAUGAUGGGCAAGACUGGUCCAAUUGGAGCAAAAGGUGACAAGGGAAAUAAUGGACUAACUGGACCGUCUGGAUUCAAAGGAAAACCUGGCUCUACCUGUGACUGUGGAAGAUACCGUAAAGUUGUAGGACAACUGGAUGUCAACAUUAGCAGACUAAAGAGCUCAGUGAAGUUUGUAAAAAAUGUUAUUGCAGGUAUCAAGGAAACUGAUGAGAAAUUCUACCUAAUUGUCAAGGAAGGGAAGAAGUAUAAUGAUGCCCUGAUGCACUGCAAGGUCAGAGGAGGAACACUGGCCCUACCCAAGGAUAUGGAGACAAACUCUAUGAUUGCCGACUACAUCACACAGGCUGGGCUCACCCGUGUGUUUAUUGGGUUACAUGACACUGAUAAGGAGGGCCAGUUCAUGUACACAGACAACACCCCACUGCAAAACUAUAGCAGCUGGAGGCCAGGGGAGCCCAACAAUGGGUUCACUAAUGAAGACUGUGUAGAAAUGGUCAGCACUGGAGGCUGGAAUGAUGUGGAAUGUGACCUCACCAUAUUUUUUGUUUGUGAGUUCUUAAAAAAAAAGAGGAAUACUAUCACAAUCCCGUGAGUCUUUCCUGUAUUGAGAGUUCAUCUGUAUUUAGCCCGGUCUGUAAAUAAAUGCCAGAAAGCAACAAAAAAGGGACAUUCUGCAUUCAUCACAAAAUAGCAACCUUAUUGUAGAUUUGCCAUUAUACAGUUACUAAUGUAAUCUGUAGUGCAAGGGCAAGCAAACAGAAUAAAAAGCACAACAUACCAGAAAUGUGUUGGUUAAAGUACCAUGCAGAAUCUGUAAUAAAACAAAUAGCUUCCUAACAAGUUUGCUGUUAACCAUGCUUUACCACCUUUACGCAUAUAUUUUACAGGGCUUGCUCUACCAUAUUUAUCUUAAUUUACUAUUCUUGCUCUUGCCUGUGACAUUAUGAUAGCAUACUUUACUACACUUUGCUUUGCAUUUACCAUGUUAUCUCACAAUAAACUUUGAAGGGUUAUACUUUA